UAAAAAUGUCAAUUUUUAUAAUUACAAAAAUAAAAGAUAACAAAUCCAUAUCCAUUUAUUUUACAACAGAUGUUUAUCAGUUUUCUUAACCACCACCGUAAUCUCAUGCCCGAUAAGGCAAAAACUACGGCUCGGCCACUAUUCACGAAACGAGCCCGAUAGACAAAAUUUCUGUCCUAUGAAUCGACAAAUAUGGCGGAACAAGAAAAUAGUAAGGACGUUACAUUAUUAAAAAGAACAAGCAUCUCAGUUUAUGUUGACGAGGCUCUGCCAGAUAUACUUGUUGUAACGUAUGAGUUUGGUGUAAAAAUUUUUAAAGGCGUACUACUUGACUCAACGAAAAGGAACUUGCCUUGCGGUGUUCCAAAUAUCAACCCCGCAUUCAAUGUGCCCACGAAAAACCCAGACGAUGAUACCCUUUACGCCGUUAACCAAAGAUUCGCUUACACAGACCCGGCAACGACGAAAAAGAAAAACGUCCAUAUAUCCAGUAAAUACAAAAACAGCAAGAUGACAGUAAGACUGCGGCCGAGACAAGUAUUGUGUUCAAAAUGCAAGGGCAUAUGCAAUGAAAAUUCCGAAAACGUCUCUAGAAAAAGAAAAUCAUCGGACUCCAGCAUUCCCACAUCACCGGCGAAACGUGGCGAGGCAGCUCCCGCAACGAGAGCCAGUUACACCUCGAUAGCGAACAAAAGGAAAGCCAGAGCCGAAGAGCCCACGUUAGUGCCGAAAUUAACUAGACUAACGUUGCAGGAAUGCAAAGAUUUCAAUGUAGAUAAUCGGUUAUUAAAUAAGAAACCACUAGACGCAAUCAAUAGUGAAAAUGACCAAGACGAUUUAAAGAAUCAUUCCUCGAACAAUUCCGACAGUAGUUCGAAUCCUGAAGUGCCGGAUUCACAGACUGGUCCAAAGAAUACAAGGAAACGAGCGCCUAGAAAAAAGAGGAGCGUAUCGACCACAGAGGAGCCGACGGAAGAAACGGGCUCGGAAGAAAACAAAAACGGCGUGGAGGGUGACCAGUCGACGGGUUUAAACAGUACGACCACCAACACAAGGACGAUUAAAAUUUCCUAUGGUCCACAGGGAGAAGGUACCGUACUUAAAAUACCGGCGAAGAUUGAGAACCUCGACGAAUGUGAUGACUCUGAAGAGAAUGUGAUUAAGGAGGAGGAAGAUAAGGAAGUGACGACGAAUAAAGCUGCAAGAAAGGCAUUGAAGAAAGCCAAAAAGGAGGCGAAAAGGAAGGUUUUGCUGUCGACCAGUUCUCCACCCAUUUAUGUGGGUAACAACAGUCCUAGAUACGCGAUAGGAACUUCGUCACCGAGGUACACAGUUGGCAGUGCCUCACCUAGACAGGGAUUAGGCAAUAAUUCGCCGCGGUACAUCGCAACAUGUGAUUUCAACGUGCCACGACGGCGCAAACACAAGGUGAAACACAAAAAGAAGCAUCGCGAGGACAAGAAACACAAGGAAAGCGAGGUGAGUUCGACACAGGACGAUUCUAAAGAGUCCACGUGUCUGACUCAAAAGUUAUCGAUAAACUUGAAACGAUUGAACAACACGUAUACGUCAAGUUGUCAGGCGGAUACGUUGACCAACGAGGAGAAUUUGUCCAGUUCCGACGAGCACAGCGAGCAAGUUCCGGAUUUUCCACCGUCGAAUCCGCCGCUGACGCUCAGGAUUAAUGCGCACGCCUUGUCCAGUGCUCUUGGAGCAGAAGGAGUACGGUUAUUAGUUGGUGACGUGGUUUGGGGUAAAAUUCAUGGAUUUCCCUGGUGGCCUGGUAAAAUUCUGACGAUUACAAGUUGUGGCAAUCAAAAUCCUCAAGCACAUGUCUCAUGGUACGGGUCGUCCACAUCAUCUCUAAUGGAAUGUAAUCAACUUAGCCCAUACUUGGAUAAUUUUAAGAUAAGAUAUAACAAGAAGAAGAGGGGUCCCUACAAGGAAGCCAUAAAGCAAGCUUCGGUGGAAGCGAGGGAGAAUGCGGAAAAUAGAAUCCGUCAACCUCUGGGCAAUUCACCCUCUCACAAUAUAAUACCGCAAGUUGUUCCGCCCGCAUUGGCUUCUCCACGAGAAAUAGAUGUUGUGUCAUAAGGUGUAUAUUUUGAAAAAAAAAUAUUUUUCUCGUAAAUUACUUAUAUUGGGUAUUAAAUAAUAUUGUUGUGAAUUUGUAGAAUAGUAAUAUGUAUAUUACAUUAUAUAAAAGUUGAUUUCAAUGAAGAACAUUUAAUGUGUGAUCUAAGUUUACGGAAUCUAAAUCUGUGUAUAUAAAUUUUUGUAUGUAAAAUACUCUACCUCUAAAAUUAGAGUUUAACGUUGCAUUAACUUAAGAUACGUGUAGAUUUGAUGGAAUUAUUAAUUUUAUAAGUAUCGUUAACUUACAAUUCCUUUAUUGUUGUAUAUAUAUAUAUAUGUACCAGUAACAGGUGGACUUUGGACAUUAAUUAAUUAGACUAUCGUUGGUGCAAGUAAACAUUGAGCCCUCUUAGAGAUUCUUGUCAAAUAUUUAGAAUGUAUUUUUCAUAUAACAGUAAUCAAUCAACUUGUUUACUACUAAUUGAUUAAAACACAAUAAUAGUAAAUAUUAAAAUAGUACUUAUAAAUGGAAAACUUAAGCUCAAUGUUAUAAAAUAAUUAUAACACCAUGUACUAUAAUUUUUCAAAAUGUUUUAAAUAUUACUAUUAUUUAAGAACUGUGUGCGCUGUGGUAUUUUUAUUAGAAUCAUAAUUUUCCAUUCAAGCUAUUUUCCAUGGUUAGAGUUUCUCUUUGUUAAUACUUACAUUGUUAUAUAAAAGGUUACUUUACAAUUAAUAUUUAAUACAUAUUCUUUAAAAUUAAGAAUAUACAUAUUACACGUGAUUUUUUCUUUGGUUAAUCAUUUUUUAUAUUGAUACAAGGGUUUAUAUUUAUAUAUUAUCUUAUUAUUGAUUUUUGACGUGAAAUAUUUUUUAAAAAUCAAAAUAUAUUCGAGUCGAUAAUGCAUUUGAUUAAUGAAAUAUUUCAUGCCCAACUUUACAUAUUCAUUUAUUAUGUAAUAUUAUUACAUUCAUGCAACUUUUAUUAUUUCCUAGACAAAUUUAUUUACUUUUAAAGCAUUAGUAUAAUCAAGAAUCAUUUUGUGAUAAUUUUUGUAGUUCUGUAAAACCUAUUCAUUGUUAUCUAAUAUUGGCAUCUCUUACUUUAUUAUGUAAUUAUAAUUUAUACAAUAAUAUAUCUGUGAUUUUAUUCAUUUAGGAAUUGUAGUUAUUGGUAAUAAUAAAUCAUUUAA